GAGAGUAUGAGUCUAGGAGCAGAGAACAUGUAGAAAUGUUGUUCAGAUUUCACUAGUAGAGGUGAUCAGAACACGUUAGAGCUUGAAGAAGUUUCUGUCUAUGGAUAAUUCUGAAGGAAAUCUAUAAAACGAUCGUGGUUAGUUCAAGAACGUUUGUGCACGAGUUAAAUAUAAAUUCAGGUUGGUAUGCAUGGAUACCGGCUGGUGUUCCUCUUCCUGCUCUCUGUGCUUGAACUCUGCACACUGUGCCAGUCCUCUUACGACGAUAUAAAUGAUGUGACCACACACUCACGCAGGAAACGUUACCUCGUGUUCCCAGACGGCAGCACAUUCUCGAUCGCAUUCUGUGUCCAGUGGGGAAUACUGGAUUCGGACCCUCUUAUCUUCACCGAAGCAGUGAACUGGGCCGUCUCUUACGAACUCCCGAAUCAAACCAUCCGCGAUCCCGACACGAAGAGACUUGUGGUACCCUACAUCUUACGCAGAAACCGACGAGAGCUGUAUCAUAAGCUGGAGACGGCAAUGCAUUCGGCGGGACUGGAUGGUCGCGCAUGCAUCAACAGAGCUCUGUGUGAAGCUACGCAACGGCUUAAGUCCAGGGAAAGCUUCAGUCAAGAAAUGUUGCGCGUCAUGUUCUUUGCCGUUAUGGACAAUUAUCAGCCUCUCCUCCUUACUCUUCUGGUGCUAAUCUUUUUCCACACAUCGUGCCAGACAUUUUAUGACGGCGAUAGCGACAUAACCGUACCGCGCAGGAAACGUUAUGUUGUCUUUCCACGGGGCAGCACGUUCUCGCUCGCUUUUAGCAAUAGAAUAAGGACCGUGGCAGGCGGAAAUAUAUUCACAAGUGGACUGAACUGGGCUGUUGCUUUCGAUCUGCCUAAUCACACUCUUCGCAAUCUUCGACCAAAAAGGAUUGUGUCACCGCUGACCUUUCGACUUCAGAGACGGGAACUGUAUCGGAGAUUGGAGACAGCGAUGAAUUCAACAGGAGUUGACGGUCGAACGUGCAUCAAAAAAGCUUUGUGCGAAGCUGCGCAGCGCCUGAAAGUAGGGGCCAACCUCUGGGAAGAGAUAACGCGAAUCUUGUUCACGCUUCCAAUGGAAGAGGUUGACCUGUACGAGCCAAUAGAGCACCACGUGUACGAUGCGGCUCACCGACGCGGAUUGUCAAACCUCAACUGUCUGAAUUUGUACAGAGCUUGCAGAUUUUCUUUGAUAGAUAUGCUACUCGGGUAAAAGCAGUAAAGUGGACGGCAUCAUGAAAUAUGACGUAUAACAACUCAGAGAAGAGCGGUCUUCGAGUUAAACAGAUGAAGGGGAGACACACAAAUACACAUAAUUACACAUGCACGUCCAUAUAACACGUACCUAAUCUGUGACUAGAAAACUUCACUUCUCUCGUUUAACUUUCUGGUUAUGAAACACCUAACCUUGUGAAAGGAGUUUAUAUGACUUAUAAAUAAGGCAUUUCUUACCGAAAACCGUCACAACACAACAAUCAAUAAUACGUGUAAGUAGCUCUAGGAGAUACUUUUGCUACAUAUUUCGGCCUUCAAAAGUCCAUAAUCAGGCAAAUACACUAAACUUUUCGUUAUUGAAUUGCAUGUCAAAUAUAGG